AUGAUAAUUAAGGUUAAUGCGGUUCAAAGUUUGGAGAGGAAAAACCCAGAAUUUCAUAUCAAGGGAAAUGAGAAUAAGUAUGAAAAAGGAGUAAGAAUAUACGCCGAUGGCAUUUACGACCUCCUACAUUUAGGUCAUAUGCGGCAGCUUAAGCAAGCAAAACAAAUGGAAAAAGAAGUUACAUUAAUAGUAGGUGUUUGUAGCGAUAUUGAUACAAGAAAAUUUAAAGGGCAAAUUGUUCAGACGCUGGAAGAGAGAACAGAAACGUUAAAGCAUGUUAGAUGGGUUGAUGAAAUAAUUUCUCCAUGUCCUUGGGUAAUUACACCUGAGUUUAUGGAAGAGCACAGGAUUGAUUAUGUUGCACACGAUGAUAUACCAUAUGCUAAUAAUCAAAAACAAAAAAAAAAAAAAAAAAAAAAUAAAUCAAAUGGUAUUGAAGAAGCAUCUGAUGAUAUAUAUGCUUGGUUAAAGAAAUCAGGGAAAUUCAAGGCUACUAAAAGAACAGAAGGGAUAUCAACAACAGAUCUAAUUGUAAGGAUUUUAAAAAAUUAUGAAGAUUAUAUUGAACGAUCUCUUCAAAGAGGUAUUCAUCCGAAUGAAUUAAAUAUUGGAGUUACUAAAGCACAGUCAAUUAAAAUGAAAAAAAAUUUAAUUAGAUGGGGUGAACUAGUUACAGACGGUAUUACCAAAGUAACGUUAACAGAAAAACCUUUAGGUACAGACUUUGAUCAAGGUAUCGAUAUAAUAAGGGAUAAAGUACAUGGUUUGUUUAAAUUAUGGAGAUGCCAUUCAAAAAAACUAUUAAAAGAUUUUGCCAAAUCUUUCGAUCCAAUGUUUAUAAUUAUUAGAAACAAAAAUAGAAAAGAUAACAUUUCUUCAAUGUAUUUAUCUGAUUCUAAUUUUUGUUCUAGAACAAUGAAUGAAUAUUUAAAAAAAAAAAAAAAUUUAAGUAAUACUAUCAACAAUAUUGAUGAAUAUUAUUACUCGGCAGAUGAAGAUGACUCCGGGGUUAAUAAUGUUUUCGACGUAAUACGUAAAAUAUCAAGUGAGUCUUAUAAUAAUAAUAAUAAUAGUAAUAAUGAUGAUAAUAAUGAUGAUGAUAAUAAUAAUAGUAAUGAUAAUAGCAAUAAUAAUAGCAAUAAUAAUAGCAAUAAUAAUAGUAAUAAUAAUAAUAAUAGUCAUAAUAAUAAUAGUGAUAAUAGUGAUAAUAGUGAUAAUAGUGAUAAUAGUCAUAAUAAUAAUAAUAAUAAUAAUAAUAAUAAUAGUCAUAAUAAUAAUCAUAAUAAUAAUAAUAAUAGUCAUAAUAAUAAUAGUCAUAAUAAUAGUCAUAAUAAUAAUAGUCAUAAUAAUAGUCAUAAUAAUAAUAGUCAUAAUAAUAAUAGUCAUAAUAAUAAUAAUAGUAACAAUAAUGAUAUGGAAAAUUAUGAAACCUGUUUCGAGUUAGACGCAAGUCUUAACGAUAAACAAAGAAAACAGGGUUGUAAUAAUUCCAGUAGUAACAUUAAUACGAAAGGUAAUAAUAAUAAUAAUAAUAAUAAUAAUAAUAAUAAUAAUAAUAAUAAUAAUAAUAAUAAUAAUAAUAAUAAUAAUAAUAAUAAUAAUAAUAAUAAUAAUAAUAAUAAUAAUAAUAAUAAUAAUAAUAAUAAUAAUAAUAAUAAUAAUAACAGUAAUAAUAAUAGUAGUAAUAAGGAUGAACGGAAUAACCGAAGCAGUAGUGACAACAAUGAUGUUAGUUUUAAUGUUAGUAAUUACAAGGGGGAUAUCAAUUGCUGUACUGUUAAGAACAAUUUGAAGUUAUCACAUGAAGAACUGCUGUCCAUCUCGAAUCCAGUGAACUCAAUGAAUAAUGAAGAUGAGUAUAACAGCUCAGAUGAUGACCUAAGUAAAAACUCAUUCAGCACAGAUAGUGCAAAAAAAAAUAAUAAAUUUGAAAUAUACAAUGAAACGACAUAUCAUGAUAUUAUUGAUGAAGGUGAUUUCACGACCUCAGUUAACAGGAUUAAUCAUAUGGAAACUAAUAUCAUUAAUGGAAAGAAAAAUUCCAAUAAAGAGGUAAAAAGUAUUAACUUUGAAAAAGUGGAGUAUAAUAGUUGUGUCGAUCAGCACAACACAUAUAAUAAAUGUAAUCAUAUUGUAAUAAAUAAAAGGUAUAGUAGUAGCGGUGAAAGCAGUGGUAGUAAUGGACGAAGUAGUAGCAUCCGCGAAAGCAGUGGUAGUAAUGGACGAAGUAGUAGCAGCUGCGAAAGCAGUGGUAGUAAUGGACGAAGUAGUAGCAGCCGCGAAAGCAGUGGUAGUAAUGGACGAAGUAGUAGCAGCCGCGAAAGCAGUGGUAGUUGUGGACGAAGCAGUAGAAGCGGUGUUAGCUCGACGGACUCCUUGAAAAGAGAAAGUCUUGUCAAAGAAAAUCAGUUAAGUGAUAACAACAAUAUAACACACGAAGAUGAUAAUUAUAGUAAUAAUAAUAAUAAUAAUGUAACAACAAAUUCAAAAUCGGAGCAACGUCAAACAGUCAUAAUAAACGAUAAAAACGAGAGUGCAAAAUUGAACAAUAAUAAUAAUAAUAUAAAAGAUGAAAAAGAAAAAUCUAAUACAACUCAGAAAAAAAAAAUUGUGAUAUAUGCAGAUGGAGUAUAUGAUAUGCUGCACUUAGGUCAUAUGAAACAGUUAGAGCAAGCAAAGAAAAUGUUUGAAAAUACUUGUUUAAUAGUAGGUGUUACUGGCGAUAAUGAAACGAAACUUUUUAAAGGUCAAAUUGUUCAAACGUUGGAAGAAAGAACAGAAACGUUAAAGCAUGUUAGAUGGGUUGAUGAAAUAGUAUCGCCAUGUCCAUGGGUUAUUACUCCUGAAUUUAUAGAAGAAUAUAAAAUUGAUUAUGUAGCACAUGAUGAUAUACCAUAUGCUAAUAAUCAAAAACAAAAAAAAAAAUCAAAUGGUAUUGAAGAAGCAUCUGAUGAUAUAUAUGCUUGGUUAAAGAAAUCAGGGAAAUUCAAAGCUACUAAAAGAACAGAAGGGGUAUCAACAACAGAUCUAAUUGUAAGGAUUUUAAAAAAUUAUGAAGAUUAUAUCGAACGAUCUCUUCAAAAAGGUGUACAUCCGAAUGAAUUAAAUAUUGGAGUUACUAAAGCACAGUCAAUUAAAAUGAAAAAAAAUUUAAUUAGAUGGGGUGAAAGAGUUACGGAUGGUAUUACUAAAGUUACCUUAACAGAUAAACCCUUAGGUACGGAUUUUGAUCAAGGAAUAGAAAAUCUUCAAAUAAAGUUUAAAGAACUAUUUAAAAUAUGGAAAAAUGCAUCCAAUAAACUAAUUAAUGAUUUUACAAGUAAACUUGAUACAACGUCCUAUUUGUCAUCUUUGCAAAAUUUUAUCGACAGUGAGUAUGAGUAUUACGAUUACGCUAGUAGUAAUGUCGACGAGGAAUCUAAUAGCAAGUGCGUUCUUUAA